AAAAAAAAAAAAUGAAUCCUUUUUAACCCCGUUUUAGCAUGGAGCCGCGCUACGCUUUUUGCCUCUUGGUGUUUUUCUCAUCCGAGUGCACGCUCGUCGUCUCCGCCUCAACUUGUACGCCGGACGCGAGGUGCGGUUCCUCGGGUCGUUUGGCGCACAUCAGCGCACCCCCCCGGGAGCUCCUCGCCCAGGAUUUGGCGCAUCUGGAAGCGCUUCAAACCGGGGACUUUUUGGGAUAUACCGAAGGCGACGCGAGCUCCGAAGUCGCCGCCGAGAUCGCAGAAAGUUCAACUCAAGUCGAGCCGCCGUCCGGGUGGGACGAAGACGCAUGUUGCCCCCAAGAGGAAGCGACCGACGGCGGUCACUCCAAACUUUCCAUCCCCGGUUACCAAAACGACGCGGACAGCCGGGAAAAUGGGGAUGCUGCGGAACCAACCGCGGAUGACGCCGGGAGGAGGUGGAGGGGCAGGAGGAGAACCGCGAGGGGAGCAGAAACUUGGGUCGAUUUGGGCGGUGAGGGCGCGCACGAAGCUUCUUAUCCCGACCCGGUUGAAGUCCAACUCGCCAGCACCACGUUCGCCCUGGCCGGGGACACCGCUCACAACCAGGCGAUGGUGCAUUGGUCUGGCCAGAACAGCAGCGUGAUCCUCAUGUUGACCAAAUACUACGACUUCAGCUCGGGGAGAGUGACGGAGAGUUCUUUGUGGCGAUCCACCGAUUACGGCACCACCUACGAGAAACUUAACGAGAAAGUGGGGCCCAAGACCAUCUUGAGCUACUUGUACGUCAGUCCCAACAACAAGCGCAAGAUCAUGCUGCUGACCGACCCGGAGGUGGAGAGCAGCCUGCUCAUUAGCCUCGACGAGGGGGCGUCCUAUCAGAAACACGGCUUAGCCUUUGAUAUCCUCAGUCUUCUUUUCCACCCCGAGCAGGAGGACUGGAUCCUGGCUUACAGCCACGACCAAAAGCUGUACGUGUCCGUGGAAUUCGGGAGGAGGUGGCAGCUCGUGCACGACAGCGUUGUCCCAAACAGAUUCUACUGGUCCAGAUUGGGAUUGGACAAGGAGCAAGGAAUGAUCCACCUGGAGAUUAGCGUCUCCGAUGGACGGUCGCAGUACAUCACUUGCAAACUUCAAAAUUGCUCCGAGGGAAACAAGGGCAAGCCUUUCCCCGGGUUUAUCAUCCCCAACUCCCUGGUGGUGCAGGAUGAGUACGUUUUUAUCCAGGUGCCGACGGGAGGACGCUCCGUCCAUUACGUGUCCUAUCGAAGACACUCGUUCUACCCAGUCAAGCUUCCAAAGUACACUCUGCCAAAAGACUUGCAGAUCAUCAGCACCGACGACAACCAGGUGGUGGCGGCCAUUCAAGACUGGCACCAGAACAACUCCUACAACCUGUACAUGUCCGAGUCCAGGGGUCUGUUCUUCACCUUGAUGCUGGAGAACGUGGUGAGCAGCGGCGGACCGGAAGGCAACGUCAUGAUCGACCUUUAUGAGGUUGCCGGGAUUAAAGGGGUUUUUCUGUCAAAUAAAGUUGUCGAGAACCAAGUGAAAACUUACAUCACGUACAACAAAGGCAGAGACUGGCGCCUCUUGCGGGCCCCGGCAACAGAUCUCCAAGGGAAGAAGGUCGAUUGUGAGCAACCGUACUGCUCGCUACAUCUGCACCUCCACGUAUCGGAGAACCCGUACACCUCUGGAAACAUCGUGAGCAAAGAUACGGCCCCUGGAAUUAUCAUCGCGUCAGGCGUGGUUGGACCUGAGCUCUCCACCACUAAUGUCAGCGUCUUCAUCACAUCUGACGCUGGCAACACGUGGAAAGAGGUUUUUCAGGAAGAGUACAGCGUGUUCUUUCUGAAUCAAGGAGGAUCUCUGGUGGCCAUCCGGCACACACCUCUGCCCAUUAGACACAUUUGGCUGAGUUUUGAUGAGGGCAGAAACUGGGACAAAUUUAGCUUCACCUCCUUGCCGCUGUACGUGGACGGGGUUCUGGGGGAGCCCGGAGAGGACACCCUCAUCAUGACAAUCUUCGGUCACUUCAGUCACAGAUCCGAGUGGCAGCUUGUCAAAAUUGAUUUCCGGUCCAUUUUUCAAUACCGCUGCACUUCUGAAGAUUACGUGACGUGGCAGCUGGACAACGAGGGAGAAGUGUGCAUCAUGGGAAUGAAGAGAAUCUUCCAGAAACUACGAGUAAACGCUAGAUGUGUCAAGGCCGGAGAACAGUACAUCUCUCAGAUGUCAGACUCCUGCCCGUGCACAGAGGCUGAUUUUGAGUGUGAUUAUGGAUUUGAGAGGCAGUUGGAUGGGAGCUGCACUCCGGCGUUCUGGUUUGUUCCAUCCGCCACAUCCCGAGAUUGCAUCACUGGGGACAGCUUCCUUAAUUCCACAGGAUAUCGCAGAGCUUUGUCGAACAACUGCACAGACGGGACUCUGCUGAAGUACAGCCCCAAGUGGCAGAAAUGUCCCAGUCAGGUCCCCAAGGGCCUGCAACUGUUCACCAGCGAAGGGGUACUGGUAGCAACACUGUACAAGAACGUCACCUUCUUGGUCUUUCUCGAAGAGGGUCUCAGCUCGACGACCAGCAUCACGGUGGACUUUGGCGAUGGCACCGCAAUAUCCUACGUGAAUAUCAGCUCAAUAGAGGAUGGGGUCAGGCAUGUCUACAGGAAAGUUGGCAUCUACCAAGUGUCUGCCAUAGCGAGCAAUGUCCUGGGCUUCGACAGGGUGACUCUCUACCUCCACGUCACUUGUCAGCUGGAGCAGGUUCAGCUCUCCGCUCCGUCCGUGGCCGUCAAGAAUAAACCCGUAAACUUCACGACGACGCUGCGGCCCGUCAGCGUGGGGACGGUCACGUACUACUGGUGGUUUGACAACAAAACAGAGCCUUUGCUGAGUCUGGAUGGAGCGACGUCCUUCACCUUCUCCCUGGAGGGAAGUCACACGGUCACCGUUCAGGCUUCAAUCGGGAACACGGUUCAUCAGGACCGCAUGACGGUGGCAGUUUAUGAUUACUUCCAGUCGCAUAUUUUGUCUUUUUCCUCCAACCUGGAUGACGCCAAUCCCGGCCUCCCUGAGUGGCGGUCUGACAUCGCGAGGGUGGUGAAGCGCUCCGUGGUCCAGGUCACCGGGAUCAGCGAGGAUCAGCUGGUGGUCACCGUGCUUGCCGGUCUGCCGACCACGGCCGAGAUCUUCAUUCUUCCCGAGAAGCGGCACGGGGGAGGCGCCGCGGGGGGAAAGCGCCAACACCUACAACAGCUCUCUCAGGUGCUGUUAAGUGCUCUGAACCAGGACCUGGUCCAGUUCACACUCAAGGCGGGAGUGCAGGUGAACGUCUACGCCAGUAGGCUGUCGCCAGCUCCUCUGGUGGACGGCAGCGAAAGCAGCCACAGCAGCACCGCAGUCAUCAUGCUCGUGUCGGUGGCUCUGAUGGGCCUGGUCGUCUUUGCCAUAUUUAAAUUCAAAAGGAAGAUCCCGGGCCUCGACACGUACACGGCGGAGCAGCCCGACAAAGAGCAGGAGGUCGUUCCCGCGGUGACCUCCACCGCGGACGCGAAGCCCGAGGCGGAGAAGAUGACCUCCCUGGACGCCGUCGAUGUACAGCCGGAUUCAAAGAGCAGAGGCUACCUGCCAUCGCACACAGACAUCAAGCCCUCCGAUGAAGCGCCCCACGUGUUUUAAUGUAGAGCGUCCGUGAGCGGCGCCAAAGCAAUACAUCUUCCCUGGCAGUUACUUCCAGCGCGGUCACGAUGAACGCUCUCGAGCGUUUCGCUCCCCGCGCACGGAUGGAUCGGCUCGCGCCUAAUCCCUCGGCGGAGACUGUACAGAUUUAUACUCGACGACUCUCCAAAUGGGACUUUUUUUUUUGGGGGGGGGGCGUGGGGGUGGUUUUGACUGGAGAUACUUGUAUUUUUUUUUUUUUUUUUGCGAGGAGCUUCAUCUUUUUAUGUACAUAGUGUACAGCGCCGGUCGUUUUUGGAGAAAGAGAACUCACAGGGACGAGGGACGCGUUACGCCUGGGUCGGAUACGCAACGGAGCCGGUGUCGAACUCGAGGCCCGGGGGCGGGGUCAAGCCCGGCGCGGCAUUUGUGUGGCCCGCAAAGUGCAUCUUUCCUCAAGUUUAUCGCGAAACGGAUUUGUACUUUUGCUUUUUCGCCUUGAGAUACGAGGCGAAUUUGUUCCUUGGCCGGGCUCAAAUCAAAUCCCGUUCCGCCCCCCCCCCCUCCCCCCCCCCCAAUAUAAGUCUGUAAUGUUUUGUAAUGAGAAAAAUAGGGCGCCGCAAACUUGCACUUCAUAAAAGCAGAAAUGAGUAAAUAGAAUGUAAAUAAAUUACGUUGUUUUGGUUUCAACUCCAUCUGGUGGAUGCACCUUGGCCACCUGGGGGCAGUAUACUACAGAUAUACAAAUAUACUGUACAUAAAGCCGAUCGCAGCUCCUCGGUAAGCCGCCGUUCUUUGCAGAGGAUCAAGAAUAUAUGCCUCUCGGUAUUGUUGUAGGUAUUGUCUGCCUGCAUACAAAGGACACUGUUUAAAUAUGCCUUGCUCAAAGGGUUGGAACACUGACAGUGAUGCACUUUCACAGCCCAUCUGUGUAUUUUUUCAUUGUGUGUAGUUUAAGGCAAAGUCAUGUUACGCACUUUGUUUUGUGUUUAGUUUGGAAAUUAAACUUCGACGGAAAGUAGCGUUCAAAAGCUUGAAGCCUCAAUUUCUGAAGAACUGUCCACCCUGCUUGCCGCGAAGCGAGCGGCGGCGUAAACGCUCGUAUUUCACUAUUUGCGGUCGACUCUCGGAAAAUCGGUAAAAUCACGUCGCUUGGCUGGAGGCCGUGGCUGAAGUCCAAUCCUCUUUUGUUAUGUUUAGGUUUUCACGUGUCGCUGUUUUUCGUUUGUGGUUGUUUUUGGGGGAGAGCCGGAAUGGAUUAAUGGCAUUUCAAUGCACUUCGAUGGGGAAAAUGGAUUUGACUUACAAUCAAAUCGAAAUAUACCGUAAUUCCCGGCCAAUGGAGCGCACCUGGUUAUAAGCCUCACCCGGUACAUUUGUAACUAAGCCUAAUACCAUUUGGUACAU